AUUGCCACUUGAUCACCGGAGUUUUUAAUGUCAACGUUUUGACAGAACACAAAGCCGACCCCUUUUUUUUCAAUCUUUUUUUAGCAUUGAUGGAGCUUUGCGUAUAAUUUUAAUCUCUCUGGGGUUAUUGUGUCGACUUCGAGUUCAUCAAUGGCGGGCCAGACACCGUCAACGCGACAAACGCGGACUCGUCCCUUUAUUUUUAAUCUCGUCCACAUCUCCCUCUCUCUCUCUCCCAUUCUAUAUUUAACCUCUGGUCACCAAUCUUGUCUCCGAUUAUAUCACAGAUCGAAGAAGAAGAAGAAGAAGAAGAAGAAGAAUUGAAGAGGAAGAGAAAUGGUGAACGCGGGAGAGAAGACAGUUUCGAGACAGUCGUCGUCGUUCAGGCUGAGAAGCCCGAGCCUGAACAAGCUUCGUCUCCAACGAAUCUUCGACAUGUUUGAUAAGAACGGAGACGGAUUCAUCACCAUCAACGAGCUCACCCAAGCUCUGUCGCGUCUCGGCCUCGACGCCGAUUUCUCCGAUCUCCAAACCACCGUCGAAUCCUUCAUCCAGCCCGGAAACUCCGGCCUUCAAUUCGACGACUUCGAGGCCCUCCACAAGACCCUCGACGACUCCUUCUUCGGCGGAUGCGGGGACGAGGAUUCGGCGGCCGCCGACGAGUCGGACCUCGUGGAGGCGUUUAAGGUGUUCGACGAGAACGGAGAUGGGUUCAUAUCGGCGAAGGAAUUGCAGGUUGUGCUGAAGAAGCUGGAUUUGGCGGAGGGAGGGGAAAUGGAGAGGGUGGAGAAGAUGAUCGUCUCCGUCGACAGCAACCAUGACGGUCGCGUUGACUUCUCCGAGUUCAAGAACAUGAUGCGCAGUGUCGUUGUCCCUUCCUCGUGAUCAGUUUUUGUUCUCGCUUUGUCUGUAUCAAUCUCAUUCCGAUCUAUCUCGUCUCUAUCGUAGGUUUUUUCUAUUUUCAUUUUCUCUCCCAAUUCAACUUCAUAGAUAUAUAAGACGUAUCCAAGAUAAGAUCGAAUGCAUUUAAUUCUCCUUUA